CGACGAGGUCUGCGCUCAGUCCCGCGGUUCCCGGGGAGGCAGAGAAGGAGGCCCUGAGCCUGGCCUGCUGCGCGGCAGGAGAUUCUUGUUACUGCAGCAGAACUGCGAGAUUUGGGUGCUCUGUGUGCCCUUAGCGUACAAUGGCUGGCGUGAGAAAGGAACGGCUAAAGUUGGAAAAGAUCUUUAAGAUCAUGAAGCCCAACCCGCAUCUAUUUCCAGCCUCUUGUCAAGGAGCUGUGGAGAGCAAUAAGGUCUUCCCGACACACUUUUUUUCCAGGCUUAGCACUCCCCCGCCCGGCUCGCUCAGCUGCUCCUCAUCAGACCUGUGGCCCAGACCCUUCACCAGCUCCGUUGCUCUUCUCUGGACAUGCUCCGGCCCUCAGUGUCUUGGAGAGAGAGGCUCUGAACUGAGCCCAGGACUUGAGGUUUACACUAUCAACUUGGAAUCUCGCUAUGUACUGAUACAAGGAGUUCCUGCAUUAGGUGUUAUGAAGGAAUUAGUUGAACAAUUUGCAUUAUAUGGUGCCAUUGAAGAAUAUCAUGCUCUAGAUGAAUAUCCAGCAGAACAAUUUACUGAAGUAUAUCUUAUAAAAUUCAAAAAACUCCAGUGUGCAAGGGUGGCCAAGAAAAAAAUGGAUGAACGAAGUUUCUUUGGUAGUUUGCUGCAUGUGUGCUAUGCUCCAGAAUUUGAAACAGUCCAAGAAACUAGAGAGAAGCUGCAAGAUAGAAGAAAGUACAUAGCAAAAGCAACAAAUCAAAGAGAUUGCUUUGUGUUAAAGAAAAUAGAAGGCCCUAAGAAGACAGCCUCAAAGAACUCUGAGCAAGACUGUCCAUGGAGUACAUCAGGAUCACAUGUAGCCCGUAACUGGGAUCCAUCCUGUUUUACAAGUUCUCCUGGGGUAUCCCACAACAUAGCAUAUCCAUCUGGGAAUCAGAAUCAGAGCCUGUUAUCUCCAUACUAUGAUAACAAUUGUGCUGAAAUUCCUGGGUACUUUGGUGAAAACACAUCUUUAACUCCAAGUGUGCAUCCAGGAGGACAUGCUCCACCAGCUUCCUUAAUGCAGCAAAGGAUGGUUCCAGCUUACAAUGGAAUUGACAGGUUUUUGCCUCGUACAACUCAUCUGCAAGAACGUAAGAGGAAAAGAGAAGAAGGUAACAAGUUUUCCCUCAUUGGAACAAGUGAGGACAAUACUGAAGUUGUUAUUGGUCCACAACUACCAGAAAUACCUAAAGUGGAUAUGGAUGAUGAGUCUUUGAAUACCUCAGCUACAUUAAUUCGAAAUAAACUGAAAGAGGUAGCAGAUUCUGUUUCAACGUCUGUGGAAAAGCCAGAGAGCAGCUCAGCGAAACCACUUGUAAAGCAGAGAAGAAGAAUAUAGAUACUGCUGGCAGCAUCUACCAAUAGUCCUUUUGUAAAGAAUAUAGUUUAAAAAAAAAUAUAUAUUUUUAAUGUAAAAAAUAAAACAUUCUUUAUACUGUA